UUCUCGUUCACUCGUUCAUGGAAGUUACAUGAGUCGGUACAGUGCCUGUCAGGCAGGAAUACUUCCCUCCUUUUGAGGGAGGGUAGAAAAACUAUAAAAUAAACGCAGUCUUGUCCUCUUAGAUUGUAUUUCUUUUUCUCUCAUUCUUCAGGGCUUUAUAUAUUUACUCAUUUACUCACUCACUCACUUGUUUGAUCACCAGCAGACAAGAAGAGGUCUGUCUCAGUAUUCUACUUCUGUAGAAGAAGCAAGGAAUAGAGGAUUAGGGACAAUCAAUACAUACAUACAUACUUCUCAAGACACACAAAUAUCCCCUUCACGAUUCCAGCAAUACACUCGUUUCUUCUAAGGCCCCCUUUGUCUCUACUACCACCACCAUCACCACUACUACUACUACCAAACUAGCAUAGCGGCCAACAUGUCGGACCGACCAAACAACGUCACCGCCGCCCCCGGCAGCAGCCGCAGAUCCAACUCCGGCUUCGACUCCGGCUUCGGCUCUAACUCCAGCUCCAACCACAAUGACAACACCCACAACCCUAACAACGCCAAUCAUAACAAUACCAAUACCAAUAACAACAAUGUCAACAAUGUCAACCACUCCUCCUCCCCCUCCCCCUCCCUCUCUUCCCCCUCUUCUUCCCCCUCUUCUUCCCCCGCCUCCUCCAGCGACAACCUAUCCAGCGACCCCGACACCCAGCCGGCCCUCGACGCGCGCGGCAUCCCCACCUCGCGCCGCGUCCGGGUGCAGAUGCACGAGUGCGAGGAGCUCGUGACGCUCUUCCGGCGCCACGUGGUGGCGGCGUACGCGUCCCUCUCCCCCUUCUCGCAGACGGGCCUGCGCGUCCCGCACGCCCGCCCCUGCCGCGUGUUCGCCGUGGCCUGCCGGCGCGGCCGCCCCGCCUUCCAGAUCGCGCUCGACAUGCGCGCGCUGGCCCCGCCGCCGCCGUUGCGCCGCGUCCUCCUGCGCCCCGGCGACGCCGCCGUCUGGGACGAGAUCGCCGCCCGGACCGUCGACGGGGUCCGCGGCAGCGCGAGCGGCAGGCGUCGGUUCGUGGCUCUGCCGUGCGGCCGGUUCGCGGUUAGGUUUGUGAGGGUUAGGGCUGCGGAUGGGGAGGAGGUGGGUGAUGAGGAGUAUUGGAAUGCGUAGAGGGAUGGGUUGGGUGUGGGUGUGGGUGUAGGUGUGUGGGAAAUAGGGAAGGAGAGG